AUGUAUAAAGAAUUUAUGUCAGAGUAUGAAAGUCUGGGUCAUAUGGAGAAAUGUGAGAAUGAUAAUUUACCACGUAAGAUGCAUUUUAUACCACAUCACGGUGUGCUGCGGGAAAGUAGUACUACUACUAAAUUAAGAGUCGUUUUCAAUGCUAGCAGUCCGACUUCUUCGGGUGUUUCCUUGAAUAAUAUACAGAUGGUAGGUCCCGUGGUACAGGACGACCUUUUGUCCAUUCUUUUACGCUUUCGGCUACACAAAUACGUUCUCACAGCUGAUGUUGAGAAAAUGUACCGGCAAAUAGUCAUUCAUCCCGAUGACCGCUAUUUGCAACAAAUUGUCUGGCGUGAUAACCCUUCAGAACAGCUUCAAGCUUAUCAACUUAACACCGUGACUCACGGCACCUCUAGUGCUCCCUUUUUGGCAACUAGGUGCCUCCAACAAUUAGGCUUAGAGUGUACCGAUGACAAGGUUGCUCAAGUGAUCAUUCACGAUUUUUACGUUGAUGACUUACUAACGGGAGGGGAUGAUAUUAACGAGGUUACAGAUUUGCGCCGUAAAGUGACUUCCACACUUGCAUCAGCUCAUAUGGUUUUGCGAAAGUGGAAGUCGAAUGAAUCUCAACUGGUUAGUGAAAAUGAUAUUUCUCCGCUUGAUUUGAAUAUUGGUGGCUUUGAACCGACUAAAACUUUAGGCCUUGGUUGGCAAUCACAUACUGACCAACUUUGUUUCCCUAUAGGAGGGCUAUUCUCAGGUAGAACAAAGCGUGAUAUGUUAUCUGUAAUUUCUCAGAUUUUUGAUCCACUAGGACUUCUAUCUCCCUGUGUAAUUAAGAUGAAAAUGCUUCUUCAACAGUUGUGGCUGCUCAAGCUGUCAUGGGAUGAGCAGUUGACGCCAGAAAUCAGCAAGAUGUGGGCUGAGAUAAUAGUCGAUUUACCUAAAUUAAAUACUCUACGUAUUCCACGUCGUGUUAUUUGUGACUCGCCUAGUUUGUUUGAAUUUCAUAUUUUCUCGGACGCUUCUGAGCGAGCAUAUGGCGCCUGUUUAUAUGUGCGUAGUGUUAAUGAUCAGGGUGAGGUUUUAAUUCAAUUAUUGAUGGCGAAAAGUCGUGUCGCGCCGCUUAAACCUAUAACAAUCCCAAGACUGGAACUUUGUGGUGCACUUGUUGGAGCUCGCCUUUACCAAAAGGUUGUAGCAUCGCUGAGACAACAGGCUAAGCGCACUGUCUUUUGGACAGAUUCGUCCAUCGUGUUAGGAUGGUUAAAGGUGUUACCUAGCAAGCUACAACCCUUUGUCAGAAAUAGGGUUGCUGAAAUAUUAGAGAAGACUGGAAAUUGCGAGUGGAGGCAUGUCCCAACAGAGUGUAAUCCGGCCGAUCAUAUUUCUCGCGGUGUGAGUUGUAAGGAUAUUUCAUCCAUGAGUAAGUGGUGGUCAGGACCUGAAUUUUUAAAGAAAGAGGUCUCUCACUGGCCUGCCAAUUUCUUAAGUAUUAAUCACGAGUUGCCUGAGAUUAAAUCGUCAAAUGUUAUCCUCCACGGAAUACUUCAUUCUAGCAACAAUGAAGAUUUAGGUGGGAAUAAAUUAAUUGAAUUUAAACGCUUUUCUAAAUAUACUAGAUUAAAUCGGACCGUUGCUUAUGUGCUGCGUUUUAUUAAUAAUUGUAGAAAGCAAUCCGUUCACGGUCCUCUAAGCAAUCAAGAGUUGCAAACCGCACUCAAUGUUAUUAUAAGAAUAUCUCAGAGUGAAUCAUUUGAGGAAUACACCAUGUUAAUUAAAAAUAAAAGUUUACCCACUAAAAGUCCGUUGCAUAAAUUUAAUGUAUUUCUCGAUGAUAAUAAAAUAAUGCGUGUUGGAGGGCGUCUUGAAAAUUCCGAUUACUGUUAUGAGAAAAAACAUCCCAUACUUAUACAGUCCACUCAUUAUUUUAGCAAAUUGCUCUUCAAUUAUGAGCACAUAAGGUUAAUGCACGCGGGACCACAGCUAAUGUUGGCCACUAUAAGAGAGAUGUACUGGCCGAUUAGAGGUCGUAAUUUGGCCAGAUCUUGUUAUCGACAAUGUGUAAGAUGUAAUAGAAUGAAAGGAAAAACCAUCUCUCCAAUAAUGGGCAACCUACCACACCAACGCAUCCUUUCUGGUUUUCCAUUUCAAAAUAUUGGACUAGACUAUGCGGGACCAAUUCAAUCUGUUUCUCGCCAUGGCCGUGGUUGUAAAAUUGUAAAGGUGUAUAUAGCUAUUUUUAUUUGCUUCGCGACUAAGUCAAUUCAUCUUGAAUUAGUGGGUGAUUUAACUAGCAAUACCUUCAUAUUAGCUUUGCGCAGAUUUAUGUCUAGAAGAGGGAAACCUCUUAAUAUUUAUUCGGAUAAUGGUACCUCCUUUGUAGGCGCAUACAAUGACAUUUCAAAAUUUAUUAGGACGUAUUGUAAUUCUUUAUCUGAGGUAAUGGCAAAUGAAGGAAUUAAUUUCCAUUUCAUACCGCCUUAUUCUCCCCAUUUUGCUGGGCUUGCGGAGGCUGGUGUCAAAUGCAUUAAAUAUCAUUUAGUUAGAGUGCUGGGCAAUUGUAAUUUGACUUACGAGGAACUAAAUACCACAUUAAUACAAAUUGAGGCUAUACUUAACUCCAGACCACUCACACCUUUGUCAACGAAUCCUGAAGACUUGCUACCACUAACGCCCGGUCAUUUUUUGAUUGGACGCCCCUUGACUUCCUUGCCGACACCAGACUAUAAAGAUCAUUCCGUAAGCUCUUUAACCCGAUUUCAACGAAUAGAACAAUUACGUCAACAUUUUUGGGCUAGAUGGAGCAAGGAAUAUAUAUCAGAGCUUCAACUGCGGAUGAAAUGGCGUUCCUGUAAAGGCUCUUUGAAGUUAAAUUCACUGGUACUCCUAAAAGAGGAGAAUUCACCGCCAUUAAAGUGGAAGAUGGGUCGCAUCGUCGCAGUCCAUCCAGGCUCGGACGGCGUAUCAAGGGUGGCGGAUAUCAAAACAUCGACUGGUAUAGUUCGCCGAUCAUUUAGCAAAAUUUGUCCGCUUCCUGAACCUGAAGAAUCCGGUUGA